AUGCAUAAAAGUGAACUCGUCCUGGAGAAACAGGGUGUCAACUCGUACAUCAUCCCUAUGCCUGUUUCCGAUGAUUCAACUGAACUGUCUUCCUGGCAGGCAUGCAUAAUCAGCGGCUGCUGCCAAGACGAUUGCCAACUGACACCCGGUGCCAACUGUGUUCGGGGACCCUGUUGUCAGGACUGUAAGUUGCUAAAGGUAGGAACGGUAUGUCGGGAAGCCGUCUCCGACUGCGACCUGGAUGAAUAUUGUUCGGGGGCCACGGAAAGCUGCCCCCCGGAUGUCUUCAAGCAAAACGGGAUGCCCUGUGGCAUCAAAAGCACCUGCUAUUCGGGGGACUGCCUGGACAUCCACCGGCACUGCCAGGCGUUCUUUGGCAAAGCUGCCAAGCCUGCUCCACUCAGUUGCUACAAGGAAGUCAACUUCCAAGGCGACCGGACCGGUAACUGCGGCCAAGAUAAAUCCGGAUACAAAAAGUGUCCAGAAAAAGAUGUGUUCUGUGGGAGGCUCCAGUGCACUAAUGUCCAUAAAGUUCCCAGAAUUCCCCCGGGCUUCUCCAUCCUCCAGACCCCCAUUGAGGACGUUUUGUGCUGGAGUGUCAUCUCUCACCUGCAGGACGAGGGGAAGGAUGAUGGAAUAGCGAGAGAUGGCUCAUCCUGCGGUGCCAGCAAGAUAUGCAUAAAUCGGUCGUGCGUCAACAAGACAGUUUUGAAUUAUGACUGUGAUUUUUCCAAGUGUAACAACCAGGGGGUCUGCAACAGCAAAAAGAAUUGCCACUGCAGCUACGGAUGGGCCCCUCCUCACUGCAGUGUCCGGGGGUUUGGAGGAAGCAUCGACAGUGGCCCGGCUCCACAGCGU